CUUAAGCCAUCGAAUAAGACCUGAAGUCGGAACGUUUUUUACGUCUGAACGUUUAGUUUUUCCCAUGCAAGUUCAAGGGCGCAACGCUGUCUGCGCCACGCCGCGCGGGGCGCCACGUAGUUGCACGCACAUUCGUGCAAUGGUAUGCAGCAGCGCCUUCCGGGGGGCGCGCGCUCACGGUGUUCCGGGGCACGCAGCGGCCUGCGACCGACAUCGGAGGACAAAUGCGUUGCUGGCCUCAGCCGCGGGAGGCAGCAGCGGCAGCAGCCUCAGCGGCAGCAGUAGCAGUAGCGGUAGCAGCAGCGGUAUCAGCGGCAUCAGCAACGGCGGCGCAGCUCAGGUGGACGGGGCUGGAGGCGACGGCCGCGGCGGGCACAGCGGACGCAGCAUCGGGGGCAGCGGGAAUGACAGCGAUGGCGACCACGACGGUCGCAAGGCGCGGCGCGGCGAGCCCAAGGCCGGCUGGUCGAUCAAGGUGGACGUAUCGAUAGGCGCCGGGUUGGCCUUCGGGUUGCCCCUCCUCGGCGCCGGGUUGGCCUUCGGGUUGGCCUUCGGGUUGCACCUCCUCGGCCAGGGCGUGCGCGACGGCCUCAAGGGCUUCGGCGGCGAGUCCUUCGCCCGGCCGGGCGACAGCGGCGGGAGCGUACUGCAGUCGGCUGCAGCUGACGUGGGGUCAAAAGCGACCAAGGCUCUCUUCCCCAACGAGGGUGGCGCCGCUUCCGUCGUGGACAAGGCCGUGGACACAACCACCGCCAUCGCCGACAAGGCUGUUGAUACAGCCGCAGUCGUUGCUGGCAAGAUCGAUGCAGCCGCUGCCGCCGCCAACAAGGGCGUUGACACAGCCGCUGGCGUUGCCAACAAGUGGCUGCUGCUCAGUCUGUUCACCUGGACGGCUGACAGGGUGGGCCCCUGUGCCCGUGCUUUGCGGGGGCUCUGGCAACCUCGAGCCCCCCGCCGGCCCUAACACCCCGCAGUGGUGUGUGUGUGUGUGUGUGUGUGUGUGUGUGUGUGUGUGUGUGUGUGUGUGUGUGUGUGUGUGUGUGUGUGUGUGUGUGUGUGUGUGUGUAACUACGGUUUACA